AUGGAAGACCAACCAUCCCACAGUUUGUGCUUUACCGGUCAUGUGGGAUCAGAUGACUGGGUCAUUUUGGCCGCCCUCGAACGUCUUCGAGAUGUCUGUGGUUUGGCGUUUGGAAAGCAUACCGACGAAGUUCCACCGGCCGUGAUGUUGAAGAUUCUGAAAAUGAGAGGAAAUGCAAAAGAUUUCUUUCGUCAAUUUCUUUUUGGUAGUGCAAAGUAUCCCAUUACCAGGGUGAUGCCUUAG